AUGCCACUUCAAACAGACCAAAUACAAACGAAACAACUGGAAACAGACUUCGAUGCCAUCGGUAUACAAGAGCUUCGGUUUUCUUUGAUCGGAAAUUCGGAAUUGAAGCUUCAACUUCGCCAAAGCCUUCAGUUCCUCCGAUGGCUCCAAGACCAGCUUCAGACCUCAGCCAGUAGAUUUUGUGGAUGUGCUGAAAUCAGAGAAAAUGACAUUGUGGGUAUGCAUGACUUGGUGGUAGUAUUAUGGCUUGUUUCGCUGGUCGAGGGUAAAAGUGACGUCAAUGGAAACGUCCAUGCAUUGGGAGAUUGUGUUGGCAUUUUGGCAAGGGUGGUGGACUUCACGCUUGGAUCAGGAAGCGGCGCUUUCGAUAAAUAUCUUACAUCUCUGGAGUCUCUGCUGGCAAGGGCUUUGAAGGACUGUAUUACUUAUCUGCUCAACAUUAUGCUCUCAUUUCAGAAUUAUCUGGGUCAACUUACCAAGUAUGUGAGCGCGGCUCAGCUUUGGAGCUUUCUUUCUAGGCUAGUGGGUCGUCUAGAACGGUACGGUAAUUCGGGCUGUGAGUCUUGUAUGAUCGCAUCAUUAAAGCUAGUCCCGCUUCUUCUCGAACAGAACAAUGCCGUUUCUGAAAUUCUGGAGCCCGAUCUCGUGGAGACGAUGCUAUUUUCUGUUUUUAAUCGCCUCAAGAUCAAGCUUGAACAUUCGUGCUCGGAAAAGUUCUCAGCGUUGUUUCAAACAUGCCAGGCUGCAUCUCCGGAGGUAAAUCUAUUGGGUUCAUCCACUAAGUUUAUGCUUGGAGGCAAUUUGGAUCUUAAUUCUAUUACAGCUCUUUUAGUAGCUGCCGCUCAGAUUCUGAACUUUUUGGAGAAUAGCCUCGACCACGGGAUCAACCUGUUAUCUAGAGCCUACAAUUACAAGUCUCUGUUGUUUUUUGACAGUCUUCUUGCCCUAUACGGUCCUACUAAUACUGAACUUCUCAAUAUUGCUCUACUAAACGUUAGCCGCAUCUAUCUGAGCUGCCUCGCCAAGGAAAAGCUCAGUGAUGAACUGACCAUCACACAAAACUUCGAGUACUUGUUUCCUCGCAUCAACUGGAUUCUCAAGAAUAACGCAAGCUCUCAUGUUCAUCUUCCAAAGUAUGUUCGUCGUCCAAUCUCAGUACUCUCGGACCUUUGCCUUAGCUAUCCUGAGGCAUGUUUGCGCAUAAAAAAUUCGAAUACCGAUAUUAGGGUCUUGACCGAUUUGAAGAAGCUGUUUUCAUCACUGAAAGGCUUCAAGUAUCUCCACAAUCUUAAAAUCCAGUCCGACCAUGAGAAAAAGAUUGUGGACUUUGUAGGUGCCCAAAAACUAAUUUCGGCUGCAUAUCAGGUCGCAGAAGAUACUCAAAUGGAAGACAUUUCAAGUUGCAUUCUUUUGCUAAGCGUCUACACCAGCUCAAAUGAAGAGUGCCGGCGUCGCGUGACAGAUUUUGGUGCAAAGGUAGCUGGCUCUUCCGCACCAAACUUCUUGUGUCUCUUGGUCUGCGAGGUCGUUGAAAAUUUUGAAUUCCUCACUCUGCAACUAUUCUUAAAUGUCGCUUUCUUCAGAGAACUCCAAUCAAUGCCUGAUAACGAAAAUUCGCUGCAGAAGUGGAAUUGGUUUAGUCAAAACUUGAGCUGUUUGAUGUAUUUGAUCCAACAUCCUAUCUACACCAACACAUUUUAUCUCUUGAGGACAUUGUCUAGAUCAGUCUCUACCGUGAAGACCUUCUUUGUGGACUGCAAUUCUAUCAAGAGUACUUAUGAGUUCUUCUCGACACCUACCCCUCUUAACCUCAGCGAAAAGCCAAAUGCAUCAUUUUACAACACCAUUGCUCAAAAAUAUGACGCUAGCUCUCGUUUAGAUAGCUGUGAGACAUUUCUCUCGUGUCUCAUGUCGUUCAUAUCCCACCAUAAAUCACUCGGAUACGCACUCUCGUUAUUCUCAAUGGCUGAUGGUGGUAGUGACGCUCUGUGGGACAGAAUUCGCAAAGAACUCUAUAAUCUUACGACAGGGAUUUUUGGCUGCCUCGCUAAUCUCUGCUUGGACUUCGGUCCUUACAGAAAGGCUAUAUUAGAGAGCGAAAAAUUUCUCAAAGACUUGUCCAGAUUGUUUAAUAGGUCGCUCCGUGAUAAUAGUGUUCAUACUAUGGCUGGAACACAGAGCCUCGCUGAAUCUUCUUUGCAGGAGAUUUCGUACGAGCGAAUCCAGGCACAGAUCGGUGUCUUUCAAAUCAUUCACAAUCUAUUGUACAACGAAACGGAGACGAAUCGUAAACUAGUUUGGGAACACAUACCUCUCUCAAUUGUCUUUGAGAAGUCCUUGUAUGGUAUCUCUGUUCCAAGAAAUCAGGAUCUUGAGCUUCACAAGUUACUUCUUAAGCUCAAACUUAUCUCAUUUGGGAUUAUGCGCAAUCUGACAUUAAAUUCUACUGAGUUCAGUAAUUCUAUUAGUUAUCAUUACAAACAAUAUGUUUUGUUGCAAGACAAUGCUCACCUACACAUCCCAGCUAAUUGGGGAGAAUACUUACUUGAGAGUCUUUUGGCAUUCGAUUUGUACCUCGAUAUUAAUUGGAGCUACAACAUUGAAAUGGCACUCACUAGAGAUGACAGUUUUUACCUUCAGUUGUUGAAUGUUCCCGAGUAUAACGACUUAUUUGUCGCAAUCACAUAUCUCGAGGAUAAUCGACACAUCAACAUCACGGAUUUUAAGGCAUCGGACUUCCCAAGUAAUGAGCUUCUCAGUUUUUGGAAAAGAAUCCUUCAAGUACGAAUGCUGCCAGAGUUCGAAUCAGCAGUCGAUGCUGGUGAGAAGUGCAAUUUUUCGGUGAAACUCGUAGACGCUAAGCUUGCGAUAGUUUGGAAUCUCAUAAAUCUUCUGUUUGAGGAGGGAAACCGAAGAAUGCACCGGUGGCCUGCGACUGAUGGUAGGGGAGGUUCGAACAGUGACCCUCAAACAACACAUGACAGUGAAGCUGCAGAAAUGACUCCUAGAGAUAAGGCGCAACGGCUCUUAGAGUUUGGUUUUAGAGAAUUGCUAGCGGAUCUCAUCUAUCAGAUGUCAAUCCCAUACAAAAAGUAUCUCAACACGGGCAAAUUUGGGCUGCUCCGUCGUUUCGACAACAUCAAUUCGAACGAUCUCUUGGACAAGCUAAAAACAGCAUAUAGGCAAAUCAUGGCAUGUGGUAACGGGAUCCUGCUUGAGCAAGUGAAUAUGGAUUUCAAUGGCUCUCAUCUGUCGGAAACGUUAGACGACGAACCGUCAUUAGACGCUAUUGUUGAAGGAGCCAGUGCGUCUGGUAGUACCGCAUGCGAGCAGCCAUUUGAAGAUACACGUAGCGCAGAUUAUGAGGACGAAAGCGAUGAAGAUAUUGCAGAGCCUUGGAUAAGCUAA